CAUCCAUCAGCGCCCAGGCGACAGAGUUGUACGGUCGAAAUUGACUACCCGAAUCGGUGUGUGUGAUUUGUGUGUCGGUUACAGCAAGGAGGCAAAAAAGAACUCACGAGGAGUAUUAUAAGCAACCAAAGAACACGAUCACUCAUCGUUUUAUCGGUUCUUGCAAAUGGAGCACAGUCAUAAGAACACUGAUUGCUACUUUUUCUAUUAUUCUACAUGCAAAAAGGGUGAUCUCUGUCCAUUUCGACAUGAACCAUCUGCUUUGGGUUGCGAAACAAUGUGCUCCUAUUGGCAGCAGGGGAAUUGCCUUAACGAGCAUUGUAGCUUUAGGCAUAUGGAAUUGAAAAAAAACCGCAAAUCAAUUCCAUGCUAUUGGGAGACACAACCUAGUGGAUGCAGGAAACCGCAUUGUCCCUUCCUUCACAAGAAUGUCCGAGCUAUAUAUGAUCCGAUUAAUCCAGUCAAAGCAACUGAAGUGACGUCAAAACCCAUUAAUCAGGAUUGGGUGAAUCGUCAAGAUGAUGCAAAGUACGACACAAGCAGUGCAGAAUCAGAUCAAGGUAGGGGAAGCAGUGAAGCUGGCAGUUUCAUUGGUAGUCCAGCCGUCGAUCCUCUUAUCGUCAAAUUUGGAGAAGAAUCGGACAAUGAAAGCGUUCCCUCGCCGGUAAAGACGCAGCCACAACCAAGGGUGCCCUACUGCAAGACCUACGAGGAGAUCAGACUAGAGGAGAUACAAGCGGAAAGUGCGGCUUAUUAUUCGUAUAACGAUGAGGAUAGUCAAGGUGUUGCUGAACAUUCAUUGAAAAAGUAUUGUUCGAGGAUGAACAAUCAAUAUCCUCCUAAGGUUGUUUUUAAUAAUAUAACAACGAACAAACGGAUUUUAGCAACUCGAGGUAUCCGAAGAAAACUUCGAGUUGAUGAAACAACUGUUGGAACUAUUGAGAAUAAAAAAGAAGAAGAUAAUAACCACGAGGAAGACGAAUCAAUGAUGCCAGAAAAGAAGAAAAUGAAGAUUAUUAAUAAUAAUAAUAAGAAAGAUAAUAAUACCAAUGAAUUGAACUUUACAAUUUUAUCGUUGGAGGAAAUACGUAGACGCAAGAAACAUAAAACUUUGAAACAAGGCGUUGAAUUGUUGGAAAACGUCAAAUCUGAUCUGUCAAAAUUGUUCGAUGAAAGGACUCUUCCUCCUCCUCCUCCUCCAACCAAUGAUCUUUCGAAGAAUCCUACUGAAACCUCUUUAACUAUUCUUCGAAUAUCAUCCGACGUUACGUUACCGAUUAAUAGAGGCAUUAAGAGAGCUUUAGAAAAGGAUAAAGGAACGACAGAAUCCGAUGAAAAUAAUCGUAGAGUUAAAGCUAAAUUAGGUGACAAUAAUACCGAACGUUUGACCAAAGUACCACCUGUAAGAUUAAGAAGAUCACCGAAAAGGUAUCUCAUUAAUAUCGCAACCAACGAAUCCGUAAUUUCGAAGAAACAACAGCAAGAUAUUAUUCCUACGACUAUUAUCAACGAUAACGAUUUGUUGUUAACGUCUGAUCAAACGUCUGUUAGAAUUGAUAACAAAAUGAACGAGAUUGAUGCGGAUAAUGAAAGGAAUAAACAAAAUUUAACAUCGAGACUCGAUGAUAGUCUAGACGUUAGAGUUAAAUUGAGAGAUCAUUCUACUAAUAAUAAUACCGGCAGAAAAAAUGAAGUUGAAGUACGAUUAUGCGAUAGCAGUACGGACGAGAAACGCAUGAGAAUCGAGGACGAAUCUAAAACGUUUAAUAAUUAUGUAGAAAAUGAACAAACCAAAUCCGUAUUAAUGGACACCAUUACGGAAGAUUCGAAAGCUAGCAGACUUUCCUGUGAUAGUUUGCUAAACAUCAACGACGACGAAUAUUUUACUCUUCUCGAUACUGCAUCCGAUGAUAUUCUCAAGGACAUAGAUGCAUUACUCAAAGACAAACCAGUGCUUUGAACUAACUACUCGGGGGAUUAUCGGGCGCGAUUGGAUUACCUCGGACGAAGAAAUAAUUUUUAGUACUUAAGUUUUUCUCCUUUUCUUCUUCGCGUCCAUCUUCUUAUUUUGCACUUUCAUCAUCGUCAUUUACUUCCUUCUUUUUCCUUACACCUCUUCUACGGUAUGGAUGACAAAACACAGAAAGAGAAAAAAUAAAAACAAAUAAUAGGCGUUUAUUU